AUGGUGUUACACGUUUCCCAGAGAAAAUUAGACCAUUAUGAGGCCAUGAUGAAGAAGAUAAUGGAGAUUUUUCAAUUCGCCGUCAAGACCGGUUGUAGUGAAUUAGAGUUUAUCCAGUUCGCCGUCAAGACCGGUUGUAGUGAAUUCGAGUUUAUCCAGUUCGCCGUCAAGACCGGUUGUAGUGAAUUAGAGAUUAUCCAGUUCGCCGUCAAGACCGGUUGUAGUGAAUUAGAGAUUAUCCAGUUCGCCGUCAAGACCGUGAAGUUCGCCGUCAAGACCGGUUGUAGUGAAUUAGAGAUUAUUCAGUACGCCGUCAAGACCGGUUGUAGUGAAUUAGAGAUUAUCCAGUUCGCCGUCAAGACCGGUUGUAGUGAAUUAGAGUUUAUCCAGUUCGCCGUCAAGACCGGUUGUAGUGAAUUAGAGAUUAUCCAGUUCGCCGUCAAGACCGGUUGUAGUGAAUUAGAGAUUAUCCAGUUCGCCGUCAAGACCGGUUGUAGUGAAUUAGAGAUUAUCCAGUUCGCCGUCAAGACCGGUUGUAGUGAAUUAGAGUUAUUCCAGUUCGCCGUCAAGACCGGUUGUAGUGAAUUUGAGCUUAUCCAGUUCGCCGUCAAGACCGGUUGUAGUGAAUUAGAGAUUAUCCAGUUCGCCGUCAAGACCGGUUGUAGUGAAUUAGAGAUUAUCCAGUUUGCCGUCAAGACCGGUUGUAGUGAAUUAGAGUUUAUCCAGUUCGCCGUCAAGACCGGUUGUAGUGAAUUAGAGAUUAUCCAGUUCGCCGUCAAGACCGGUUGUAGUGAAUUAGAGAUUAUCCAGUUCGCCGUCAAGACCGGUUGUAGUGAAUUAGAGAUUAUCCAGUUCGCCGUCAAGACCGGUUGUAGUGAAUUAGAGUUUAUCCAGUUCGCCGUCAAGACCGGUUGUAGUGAAUUAGAGUUUAUCCAGUUCGCCGUCAAGACCGGUUGUAGUGAAUUAGAGAUUAUCCAGUUCGCCGUCAAGAUCGGUUGUAGUGAAUUUGAGAUUAUCCAGUACGCCGUCAAGACCUGUUGUAGUGAAUUUGAGAUUAUCCAGUUCGCCGUCAAGACCGGUUGUAGUGAAUUAGAGAUUAUCCAGUUCGCCGUCAAGACCGGUUGUAGUGAAUUAGAGAUUAUUCAGUUCGCCGUCAAGACCGGUUGUAGUGAAUUAGAGAUUAUCCAGUUCGCCGUCAAGACCGGUUGUAGUGAAUUAGAGGUUAUUCAGUUGGCCACUAAGGCCGGUUGUAGUAAAUUAGAGCUUAUCCAGUACUCCGUCAAGACGGGUUGUAGUGAAUUAGAGCUUAUUCAGUUGGCCACUAAGACCGGUUGUAGUGAAUUAGAGCUUAUCCAGUACUCCGUCAAGACGGGUUGUUCGCCACUAAGACCGGUUGUAUUGAAUUAG